GCGCCAAGGAGUUGUACAUUUACCUAGACUGCUUGACGUGAUUGUCUGUCAUCAUCUAGGCCCUAAAGUGAUUGACAUCCGACGAGAGCUCGAGACGAAAAGUGGGGGGAGUGUCAACAAAAUAAAGACAGGACCGCAGUAUAAAUUGCAGUUCCGUGUGGGAAGUACCAGAAAAAGAUACCAUGGGACUUAAGGAGUCGAGUGGACAGGUUUCUCAUUCGCAUGUCCAAAAUAGUGAGAAUACACUGAAGGAUUACACGAGUAGAACAGCAUCAAUUCCCAAUUGGCGUCCAGACAUAGAUCCGUACAUAGAAUACGAAAAUGUUCACGAGCUUAUCGAAUGGAUACCCGCACCCUAUGACGAAAUGAUCUGCAGUGGUGAGUUCAUUCAAUUAGCACGAAACGCUUUGAGUUAUGCCCAGGAACAGAUGGGCAUACCAACUGAGGAAGCUAGAAGGAAUACCUGCGCUGAUUAUGCAGAAGAGUACAUCAGCAACACUUUUUAUCUUUGUGGAUAUUAUGGUGGAUUAGCUCUGUCGCUACUGAUCCACACAGAUGUACCCUUCGAAUUGAACAACCACUGGAGUAGUGUUGAAAAGGCACUAUUCGAAGCUGGAAUCCAUAGACAUGGCAAGAGAUUCCUCUCCAUACAACAGGAUUUCCUCCCUCACAAACCUAUGACGCAGUUAGUCCAAUUUUACUACCAAUGGAAGCGAAAGGAGUUAUACAAGGGUAUUCACCUCUCCCGAAGUAAAAUAAUUCGUCGAGUAAGCCAAAGAGCUCUGCUGAGGCGCUCCAAACGCAGGAUCAAGGAGAAUCAACGUCUGGCGAAGAAUUAAAAAUCAGCAUCAACUCAGUCGACUUUUAAUGAUCAGAUGCAUCAAGCUGAUGCUGUCCAGAGGAAGCAUCGAGAUUGGAGGAGUUCGCAGUGACUUCAUAACUCACUUUCGUGUACUAUAUUUUAUUGUCAAGGUACAAUAUAUUCUGGAGUCAGGAAUAUUUUAAGUUUGUCUCAGCGAAGAAUCGUCCGGAGAACUGCCUAUGUAUAUUUAUGUAAUGAAUAAACUAACAUUUAUAAAUUA